AUGGGUAGAAAAAUACCAGGGCGCAAGCACAGGGGUAUUAGGGACCCCGAAAAACAAGAAGCAGUCAGAUUCGAGAAGAUAAAAAAUAAAAUCAAUGCCCCACCGAGCAACGUUGAAGCACAGGAAAUGCCGAAAACGUUGCAGAGAAUCGUAGAAUUGAAAAAUAGAGUUAAAAAUGGCGAUUUUAGCAAGAAAAAGAAAAAAUCAAACAGUAAAGAAAACAAGAAAAUAGUUAAAUCUCACGAAUUCGAAAGACUUCCAGGCGAAUCGGACAAAAAUCUCCUGCAACGUGUAAACAAACUCUGCGUAGACACCUUGAAGGAGACCGAAUUCGCAGAUAAAUACGGAGUGGAGAUCAAAAGGAAUGAGGACGGAGAAAUCGAAGGAGUGGUCAAAAAGCCCAAGGACGAACUGGAAUUGCUGAUGAAACAAGCCAGGAAGAAAGAGAAAGCCAAAGAGAAGGGAAUUAAGAAAAAGAAAAAACCAAAAACGGAUCAAGUCCCAAUUAAACUGAGUAAAUGGCAAAAAAGGAAAAAGAAAUUGAACGAAAAGGAGCAAAACAAGGAAAUGAGGAAUAUAGAUGAAUUCAAACAGUAUAAAGAUAACGUUAAAUUCGGGGAAACGGCCCAUGCACCUCCUAGUCUAGUAGCUCCUAGAAGAGUCAAGAAAACUCAAACUCCAAGGCCCGGUAACAAGAACCUCAUAUUGAAGAAAAUUCUUGGAGACGGCAAAGAAAAACCAGCCAUCGCAAAAGAAUCAAGAAAAACUAUUAAUAAAGUAAUAGAUAAAAAAUCGAAGAGGAAAGAAUUACCACAAGCAUUAAGGAUGCAGUUGGAGCGGCAGCAAAAGGAAGUCAUAACGGCAUAUAAAGAAUUAAAGGCUAAGAAAUACAACAAAUAA